ACCUCGAGUCAAAAACCGCCGCCGGCGUCACGAGGAUGGCUGCUCCUACCGAUGAGGCUGCCGGCUCAGGGACGCCGGGAUCUACCGAUUCGUUCCUCGCCGACUGGAGGGAACGGAUCAUUCUGCCGGCCGUCGCGGCUGGUGUGCUUGGAGCCGCGUUCGGGCUGCUGUCGCGGCACCGGGCGCGCCUUGGCGCCGCCCGCGCCGCUGUCACCUACGCCGCGAACCUCGCCAUCGUUGCUGGAUGCUACGGAGGUGCACGUGAACUUGCAAGAGAUGCUCGAGCCACAACACCUGAUGACCCCAUGAAUUCUGUUGUUGGUGGGCUAGCAAGUGGAGCUGUCCUUGGUCGAAUACAAGGUGGACACUUUGGAGCCGUGAAGUAUGCGGUCACCUUUGCAGCUGCCGGUACCGCAUUAGACUACGCUGCACUGAAGUUGGCCCCUGAAUGGCAUUCGCUGAAAGAACAACUGUCUGAAAAGAAAGACUGGUUUACACUACCCGAGUGGUCACCUAUCCAGGUGUUGGAUGAGGAAGCUUUGGCUAAGAAAAAAGCUCGAGAAGAGAAGUUGUUUGCCCAACGAGCACUAGGUAAACUUGACAAGGAGGAUCCCUAGCUAUACGGCCUUUUGGACGACUGCGCACUAACAGAGAUACGAUGAUUUUUAUCGAGGCGCUUAUCUGCGGGUCUCUGGAAGCAUAGUGUUAGAAAGCAUCGAGAUGUAUUUUUUUUUCUGUACUUUGCGGCGAACCUAGAUGAUUGUACUUCCAAGUUUUGACGGCUAAAAACAUCUCUACAA